UCCCGCAGCAGCGUAAUGAGCCAAGGUUCUCCCGCCGCGACGGGGUCCGGUUCAGGGACAGCAGAGCCGGCCCAUGGGCAGCCCGGGGACUCCUCCUCCGACGCCGCCGCCGCCUCCCCGAGCGCCGUGGCGGCCGAUGCCUCCUCCACCUUGUCACCACCUCUCCCCCCUGCAGCGCCCCUCGAGCGGCCCCAGGAAGAGCGGGACCGCGAGCAGGCCGGAGGCUCCGCUGCGGCGGCGGGGGUCGACCGGGAGGGGGAGGGGCUCGACCCCGCAGCUCCUUCUUCGGCGCCUUCUUCCCCGAGCUCCACGGGGAGCAGCUCCGAGAACGGCGACGCCGCGGCCUCCGGAGCCGGGCCGUUCGACUGCAGGCUGGCGUUCCAGCAGAUGCUACAGGAGCAGACGGCCAUCAAGGAGGCGGGUGGGCCAUUGGCCGAGGGGGCGGGCAAGAAGAAGAAGCCGGAGGAGGCGCAGGUGAAAUCGUCGCACGCCAUAGGGGAGCUCUGGAACAAUCUUAGAAAGUUUUUUCAUGGAGAAUCACCAGGUUAUGUGCACUAUUCACAACAUGUGAAUCACCAGACACAUCCCAUCACUGAAGUCAGAAAGUAUUAUUUGGUUUCUGAUUUGGCUACGGGACAAGGAGUGGACCAUCUUGAUGCCUAUUCAAAAUUUAGACCAGUGACUGGAGAUGGGGAGUGUUUCUACAGGAGCUUCAUAUUUUCCUACCUGGAGCAAGUUCUUGAUGGGCAAGACACACAUGAGGAACACCGUCUCCUCGAUGCUCUUAAAAGAGUGUCUGUGCAACACGCAGAUCUUAGAUGGACCUCUGAAUUUCCCAGGAGCUACAGAGGGAUGCACAAUUUCUUACAGUAGUGGCAUGCCAUUGCAGUUUUACACUGUUGGCACAAACUCAAAUUUGAAGUUUAUUGUGAUGUUAACAACCCGAUCGUAAAUACGACCUUAACAUAAAAUUACUUGCAAUAACAACAGCAACAUAACGGGGAAAUAACAUAAUUUUAUGCUCGUUUGAGUACUGCAACAAUAUACUGGUUAUUAUUAUGUAGCCAUCUCACUGUUUUUUUUCCUAUGCUAUAUAUGCUUAAUGACUGACACUUCUCAGGCGAGUUGUCUUAGCUGUGUUCUUUCUUAUCUUGCUAUGGAUCAAUAUUCUGUAUGUAUUAUCGUAACCUAUGUGUAAUGAUUAUCCACUAAAUUAUUUGAGUCGCUGAUUCUUUCAGGCAUUUAAGAAGCUGAUUAAGAAAGUAAAGAGAUGGAAGAGGCAUGGCAGGUGGAAGUGGAACAGCAUAGCAUCAACUAGCAGCUACCGCAAAGAGAAACUUCUCGAGUUCUUCAGAAGUUACGAUACGACGGAAGACAAUUAGUGGUAGCUAUCUGGAUAUGCUCGCACGCGAAGCAGUAUGAGCCGCGUAUACCAGGGCUCGAUAGACGUUACAGUCUGAAAGAUUGGUGCUUUCAGCACGUCACUCCAUCUCGUCAGUACGCGGACCAUGUUAUGAUGACGGCCUUGGCUGAAGCGCUUGAGGUACCCCUUAGAGUGGAGCAACUCAAUGGAGGACCUGCUCAGGACAUCUACACUGUUCCUGGACCUGGAGUUCCCCGUGUGAGUGUGACCCUUCUGUACACGGGCAAUCACUACGACGUCCUC